AUGAUACUGAAAAAGGCCGUGUGGCUCAGCGCGCUGCUGGCUAUCGGCGCCGCUGCCAAGGCUGACGAGCCAACCAUCAAGAAGCAGAAGUUCGAGACGCCGCCAACUGGCCUCUUCUUCUUCGACGACACUGAGACCGCCCUCACCAUCGAGUAUGGCAACAGCAAGGUGUGGCGCACCACCAACGCCGGCCUGGACUGGGAGCAUAUCAGCAGGCCGCUCGGCGAGAACCAGGUUGUUGGCAUCCUCCACCACCCCUACAACAACAAGGUCGCCGUGGCAUUAGGCAAGGAGAAGAAGCACUGGUACACCAAGGACCAGGGAGAGACAUGGCGCGCCUUCGAUACCGACGCCGCCGCCGGCCAAUCUCCCAUCAGUUGGCACACCGACGACCCUGAAAGAGUCCUCUUCCACGGCGCAGAGCGCUGCGAUCUUUUCGGAGGCUGCGUCGGAAAGACGUGGUACACGACGAAUGGCUUCGAGCACUUUAAGCCUCUCAUCGAUUCGCGCAAGAUUUGCAUGUGGGCGCGCAACACCGAUAUCUUCACCACCGGCGACGACCAGACCGACAAGAACCGCAUCCUUUGCGUCACCGAGGGCAAGUUCUCGAAGCAGCGCAAGGAUUACCGCCUCGUCAUCACCGACAACUUUGGAGAAGAUGUCGUCGAGCCGCCAUUGUCCGAAGGCCGCACUGUGGCCGGCAUUGCGCAUUUGGCCUCUGCCAAGGGCUUCAUUGUCGCCGCCGCCAAGUCGGAAGGCACUGACGAGAUGGCUCUCUAUGUGACGGACGACACCCGCACUUGGCACAGGGCCGAGUUUGGCCAAGACCACAAGCUCCAAGAGGAUGCGUACACUAUUCUGGAAUCCACCAACUACAGCAUUCAAGUAGACGUCAUGUCGGACUCAUGGACGGAUAUGGGCAACAUGUUUACCAGCAACUCCAACGGAACCUAUUUCACUCGCAAUAUCGCCCACACCAACCGUGACGGUUCGGGCUACGUCGACUUUGAGAAACUCACCAAUAUCCAAGGCGUCAUCCUGGUCAACACCGUCAAGAACUGGGAGGCAAUCGAAAAGAACCCUCUGUUCGAAACCAAAAAGAUCAACUCCAAGAUCAGCUUCGACGAUGGUCGGACGUGGCAAGACUUGAAGACGGAGAAAGACCACAUCCUCCAAGUGCAUUCCUACACAGAACAGCACAACAGUGGCAAGGUCUUUUCCAGUCCAGCACCAGGCCUAGUCAUGGCCAUCGGAAACACGGGCGACGUCCUCAGGCCAUACAAAGAAGGCGACCUCUGGACUUCGGAUGAUGCAGGCAUGACUUGGCACCGUGCUCUUGAAGGCCCCCACAAAUACGAGUUUGGAGACAAGGGCUCCUUGCUCGUCGCCAUAAAGGAUGGAGAACAGACCGACGAGGUCAAAUAUUCUCUAAACCACGGCAAGGAUUGGAAAACGACCAAGCUCCCAGAUAAGGUCGUGGCCUACGAGCUCACCACCAUUCCAGACUCUACCGGCAUCAAGUUCAUUCUGAUAGCGAGUAAGGGUGAUGAAGAAUGGACUAUCUACACCCUGGAUUUUGCUGGGCUCCACGAACGCAAGUGCAAGGAUGACGACUUCGAGCUCUGGCACGCCCGUAAGACCGAAGACGGCAAGCCCGGUUGCAUUAUGGGCCGUAGACAGUCUUUCCGCAGACGCAAGCCGGAUGCAGAUUGCUUCAUCUUGGACGAAUUCGUCGACCCCGAACCGAAGUGGGAGACGUGCAAAUGUACCGAGGAAGAUUACGAGUGUGAUUUCAACUUUGUACGCAAGGACGACAAGUGCGUCCCGGCCGGCCCGAUCCCUGUGCCCAAGGGACAGUGUAAAGAAGGGGAUGAGCAUUUCGAGGGCAGUUCCGGCUGGCGCCUUAUCCCUGGUAACAAGUGUGACAAGGAAGGAGGGGUCGUCCUUGACAAACCUAAAGAGCGGGACUGCAAGGACUCGGAGAAGUCACCAGCGAGCGGAAAGGUUGAGCACACCUUCAGCCGCUUCCAGAGUGCCCGCGACUUCCGGGAGUACUACUAUCUGGAAAGAGUGGAAUCCACGAAGCAAGAAGACAAAGAUGAGACUAUCGUCAUGCUUGACGAUGACCGCACAGCUUGGAUAACCCACGAUCAUGGUAAGAAGUGGGCCAAGGCCGUCGAUGAUGAAGUCAUCACCAUCUAUCCCCACCAAUACUUCAACGAUAUUGUCUACUUCUUGACCCCAACCGAGAAGGUCUACUACUCCAAGAACCGCGGUCUACCGGAUAGUAUUCAUAGCUUCAAAGCCCCGGCGCCACCAAUCAGAGAAAGUAUCUCGACACUAGGCUUCCACCCCCACGAGAAGGACUGGAUCCUUUGGACUGGUCGGAAAGACUGUGAGAGCUCUAGUAGCGACUGUCACUUCGUGGCCUGGAAAUCGACCAAAGGAGGAAUCGAAGGAAGCUGGGAGGCGAUGCUACCGUUCGUGCAAAAGUGCCAGUUUGUUUGGAGAGAGGAGCGCGAAGACAGCGAACAACUCGUCUUCUGCGAGCAGUUUGCUGACGAAGACACCUCAAAGCCCCUUCAACUACUGUCCAGCAUCGACUGGUUCGAGACCAAGAAGGUACACUAUGAGGAUGUCGCCAAUUUCGCCACCAUGGCAGAGUUUAUCAUUGUUGCAAAGAAGACGGAUGAUCACAAGUGGCUCAAGGUGGAUGUCAGUAUCGAUGGCAAGACUUUCGCCGAUGCCAAGUUCCCGCACAAGUUCAGCUUAGAACAUCGCCAAGCCUACACCGUUCUGGACAGUUCUACGCAUGCCGUUUUCCUGCACGUCACAAUGAACAACGAAAAGGACCAAGAAUAUGGAUCCAUCCUCAAGAGUAACAGCAACGGAACGGAGUAUGUUCUCAGCAUCGCCAAGGUAAACCGUAACAGAGAUGGCUACGUCGAUUUCGAGAAAAUGCAAGGUCUGGAAGGUGCAGCGUUGAUUAACAUCGUGGCCAACCCCGAUGAAGUCGACAAGGGUGCCUCAAAGAAGCUGAAGUCUAUGAUCACGCAUAACGAUGGCGCAGAAUGGGCACUGAUUCCUCCCCCCAAGCAAGAUUCAGAUGGCGCCAAAUAUCCUUGCUCUGGCGAUCUUGAGAAGUGUUCUUUGCACAUUCACGGAUACACCGAGCGUAAAGAUCCUCGAGAUACCUUCUCUUCCCCGUCUGCUGUCGGGCUGAUGAUGGGCGUUGGCAACGUCGGUGAGAAUCUGGGUCGCUACAAAGACGGGAACACGUUCGUCACAAGGGACGGCGGCAUCACCUGGCACGAGGUUAUGAAAGGAACCUUUAUGUGGGAAUACGGUGACCAGGGUUCUAUUAUCGUCAUCGUUCAGGAAGGAGAGCCUGUCGACACUGUCUACUACUCUCUUGAUGAAGGGAACAAGUGGGAGCCGUACAAAUUCAGCCCCGACAAGCCAAUCAUCGUCGAUUCAAUCUCGACCGUCCCCAGCGACAAAUCGAAGAACUUCCUUCUUUGGGGUCGCUCGGAUGGUUUGGUCACCGUCAAUCUGGAUUUCUCCGGACUUUUUGACCGCACAUGCGAGCUUGACGAAAACAACCCCGAGGCCGGCGAUUACGAGCUGUGGGAGCCCAAGCAUCCAAUGCAGGAGGAGAAUUGUCUGUUCGGCCAUAUUGCUCAAUAUCACCGUAAGAAGCUCGGCGCCGAGUGCUGGAAUGUCCACGACAGCCAACAGCUACACGACAUCCGGAAGAACUGCACUUGCAGUAGAGCUGACUUUGAAUGUGAUUACAACUUUGAGCGGGAUGAAAAAGACGGCAGCUGCAAACUCGUUGAAGGUCUUGAUCCAGUGGAGAAUGAUGCGGUCUGCAAGAACCCCAACGUCAUCGAGUACAACUACGUUACCGGCUACCGCCGCAUUCCCCUCACGACGUGCCAGGGCGGCAAAGAACUCGAUCUUACCGCUGGUACCCGGCCGUGCCCGAACAAGGAAGAGGAAUACAACAAAAAGCACGGCACCUCGGGGGUGGCCAUCUUCUUUGCCGUCAUCAUUCCCUUCGCUGCGGCUGGGGCAAUCGGCUGGUACGUCUGGCGCAACUGGGAUGGCAAGUUCGGCCAGAUCCGCCUGGGCGACAGCCAGCCCACGUUCGACAGCGACAGCCGCUGGAUCACGUAUCCGGUUGCCGCCGUCUCCGGCGUCGUCGCCGUGCUCUCGGCCAUCCCGCUCCUGGCAGGCUCGCUGUGGCGCAGUGCGUCAAGCCGCCUUGGUGGCGGCGGCGGUGGGUACUACGGCCAGAGGUACACCACUCGUGGCUCUUUCGCACGCGGUAACUAUGCGGUAGUGGAUCCAGACGAGGGGGAGCUACUGGGAGAGGACAGUGAUGAGGAAGUCUGA